AUGACAGUUUUGUGGCUGGGUUACAUUCGCGACAUCUUGCACGUAAGAGAAGAGGAGCUAAACAGCAAUGAUGAUAGCACAAGCGAAGAAAUAGAAGAACAUAACAUCUCCUCCUCCGAUGGUGAGAAACGUAGGGACGACAUGGAAGGAUACUGGUUGACUGAAGACAACGUUCUGAAAGAGAGCCCUCAAAUGAAGUCAACAACAUUAGCUGAAAAUAGAGAUGGAGAGACAAAAGAAGACUGCUGCAAGAAGAAGUGCAACCUUCUAACCAACUAUCGAAUCACAAGGAAACAAUGGACAGUGGAACAGAGAAAACUGACAAUGCACAUACCAACACAGAAGCAAGUAUGAUAACAGUGGAACAACUGUUACCGGAAAAACUCCCACAACCAUCAAAUUAAGCAUCACCUGACAAGGAAGUUAUAGACAGGAUGGGAUUGAACGACAAAACGUACAUGGCCAAAGUCGCAUGCCUUAUUAGAUAUGGCUUUAUGAAAAUGAAAACAGGCGAACUCUACUUGUUCAAUGGACGAAGAGACAAGGCCAAAUGAAAGUGCACAAAAGAAGAAUGUGAUUUUUGGACUAUUGUGGACCCAAGCAUUGAUGCAUCCAGCUUAUAACUGGACAGAAGUGAGAUGUUUUCGACAUCUAAUCGUUUGUGCAACAGAAGCAUGAAAGAAAUAGGACAAGUUCGAAGGAAUGUGAAUGUGCUUAUUCUAAGAAGCGAUACCCCCUCCUGAGGGCACUAGAACAAACUCAAAGGUGUGAACAGGGAGAGGAGAGUGAAGAACAAGUUGAAGUUCCAUCGCAAACAUAUUGGACAACCUCCAAGAGCUGGAGGCUGUGGUAA